ACUCCGUGCCCAGUUGGGGAAGGCGCUCCGAUGUGGUCACACGUGCGCUGUGUGUUCGUAGAUAACUUCGCGAUCGCGUGUGUAAAAUCUGCGACUGAAAACGAACGCGUUUGAUAAAUUAAACUAUUUUUUUUAUUAGUGUUACCAGUGACCAUGAAGUAUUUAGUGGUGUUUUUAUCUGUUGCGGCGUGUGUGGCGACCGUCUCCGCCGCUGCUGCCUCUUGUGCCCUCUCCGAAGAGUUCUUCGCGAGGCACAAUAUAUCAGCUGACGAUCACAAUGAGCCAGGUUCAGUUUGUGGUGGGCAAUGCUGUGGAAGGGGUCGAGAAACAAAUAUGCAUCAAGUUCUUCGACAAACUGCAGUGCAGCGCGUGGCCAGCACAACGAGGCCUAUCACAGAGUUGCUGUUAGCUACAAAGAGGACGCUUCAAGAACAUUUGACGGCGCUGUCUUACCAGUCUCAGAACAAAACAGCCGUUUUAUUUUCCCAAUUAUAUCGGAAUCAUGCUUCGCGAACUCAUACACCUCUCGGUGCUCUGUAUGAUGACAUCAGAAUUCUGCUAAAACCAGGCAUUGAAGAUGACAUAGACGGAGAAGAUUUAAGCACCAUACCCCCAAAAGACAUGGCAACAGGCACGAAGAAGUUCUUUCGUGACGUAUUUCCUGUAGCUUACCAAAACGUGCUUCGAUUAGAUACAAAGCAAUUUACUUCAGAAUAUGAAGCCUGUUUAAAAGACGCCUAUGACGCUGUCCAGCCUUUCGGGGAAGUUCCUCAACAACUAGGAGCAUCAUUGUCACGGUCACUGGAAGCGGCACGUGCACUGCUUCAAGUGCUCGCAGUGGGGGCCGGCGCGCUCGCUGCUAGCGAACAAGUGCUCUCAAAUUCUAACGACGAGUGUACCUCCAAACUGCUACGAAUGGGUGGCUGUUCUCGUUGCAAGGGACACGAUGUCAGCCCGUGCAGGAACUAUUGUCUAAACGUUGCUAGAGGAUGUAUAGGCUCAUUGGUGGUUGAACUGGACGCUCCGUGGGCUGGGUACGUCGAAGGCGUAGAACGGUUAGCUAGAGCUGAUGCUGACACUGCAUUAAGAGGCCUUGAAUCAAAGGUUUCAGAGGCGAUCAUGCACGCGCUUGAGAACCACGUGAUAUUGGAGAAGAAGGUACGACAAGAAUGUGGUCCGCCUUCCACACUGGACAUUCCUAAUCUGACCUCACCUCGGCCCACUCCUGGCGCAUCGAGACGAGAUGCUCUCCGUGCUCCUCCACCAGAUACAGAGCUGCUCCAAUUCGCUGCAACCCUCGCAGCUAGCAAGAAGCUAUUCGCUGGUCUCUCUGACCGACUAUGUGAUGAACCAGAUUUCUCGAAUGAAGGAAAUGAACAGUGCUGGAACGGAGAAACGAUUGGAGAAUACACAAAGGCUCUCGUGGCUUCUGCGUCGUUAAGUGACCAAAAAUAUAAUCCAGAGAUAACGGCGACCUCUGUUCAAGACUCGAGAGUAGCGGCUCUAGGCGACAGGUUGCGACAAGCUAGACAGUUGCUAGUAUCCCACUCUUGGGGCGGAUCCGCUCCUGCAGCGGAGGCUUUCAUGCAAGGAGACGAGGCAGGCGAUGAAGGGUCAGGAUCGGGUAGAAGUUACACUGACGAUGAUGCAGCGUAUGACGCUGAGGGUUCUGGUGAAGAAGGUUCUGGUGCUGAAGGCAUAGGAAGUAGAACGUAUGAGGAGACUACAUAUUCUUCACCGCCGAGAACGGCUUCGGCUACAGCUUUUAGACCAUUCCUACCUUUCAUUGUCAGCCUUGCGGUGAUCAGCAUCAGUAGCCGUUACACCUAAACUAGUCCAAAACAAGAAAAACGGCCACAGAGUCAAGUGAAUGAACUACCUAAGAGUACCCAUAUCAUUUAUGUGCAGUGAUGUGUGAUAUGUGCGGACUGCGAGUAGACUCGAACUACAAAUUAGUGUAGAUAUUACAUGAUUCGUAGUACGGUAUACUUAUACAGAGAGUUUUAUUGUCCUUUGCAAUUAGGGACCUGUUAUUGAGACAUACGCGAUAUGUUCGUAGUUUGAGUUGCUGGAAUUCAUAUUGUUUCUGUAAUGCUUAAGGAAUAAGCAUUAUUAAUUUAGACUAUCAGAGUAGUCUGGUUUUUGUAGAAAAUUAAGAAUUUAACUAAUUUAUUAGUUGAUAAUAUGUCCCUAAUCAGAGAUAUUGCGAAAAUGAAAGGUAAUUGAGCCUUGACAGCGUCGUACUACAAUUUUAACGUACUCUUCCUGAUUGCCACAUAUAUCAUAUAUAUGUAAUUAGUGUUACAAAUCAUUAUCUGAGACGAAUCUCUGGUGUGCUACUGUAUAGUAGCUAUUUUAAUGAGCUGUUCAUUUGAUUUUCCAACAAAAGAAUAGCGUAUUAUAUAUUUACUUGAAAAGACAAUUAAUUAUUACGAAUAAUUGGUAUUAUUUAAAGAAAAAUAAAUAAAUUAUUGUUUAGAUAAUUGUAAGUGUCCUGCGUAGCUAGUCUGAAACUAGUGGUUAAUGCAAGCUUCCAAAUUAACUACAAAUUAUAGUAUAGGUAUUACGUUGAAGAGUUUAUUGAAAUAAUACGCAUUUAAAAUAUAUCAUUUUAAAAUGUAUUGUACAGAGCAUAUCAAAAUGUUUACUCGUUUUGUAAAUAUAUUCCGGUGUAUUUUAAAUUAUAUUAUAAUCAUAUAACGGGAUUUUCUUCUACGUAAUAAUAACUUUUAAUUUCAUCGAUGAGAGAAAUUUGAUGAGAUUCUUCACAUUUCAUUUCACAGAUAAGAGAAGUCAUAAUAAUAGAUGUAAGAAAAUAUGACUAUACAUAUCUACUAGGAACAAAAUGUUUUGAUGUCCUUGAAAAAUCGAUGAACCUUAAAAUAGAAAAAAAUAAAUAUUACGUCCUUAACAAUGAAUAUGCUUUGAUAUUUCGCGAAUUAUUUUUUCUUGCACUAUAUUAUAAUGUGUGACAUUAAACACUAUAAUAUAAUUAAAGAAUCUCUAACCAUUGUUAAAACUAGCUGAUUGGCAAUAAAUAUAUUAGAAAAUUAUAACGAUUAGACAAGAGUGAUAAAAAAGAUAUAGAAAAUCAAUUGUACAGACAUGUAAAUACAUAAACCCUACUGGUUUAGACGCUUAGCUAGUAACAUGUUUUGUUGCCAUAUUAAAGUUACGUAUAUUAUUAUUUAUAAUUAUUAUUAAGUCAUAAAUUAAUGUAAUAUUAUGUGAUAAAGAUUUAUUAGAAUUAAAUUGAUGCGAAAUAUACUUCAUUAUUUAUAUAAUUUCGGAAGUAAUAUGUGCAAACUGAAUUAUAAAAACGUGAAUCGGAAACUGGAAAUAACGUAGAUGUAGAUUUUUGGUAAAUUAAAAUGGCCUACUUCGAAAAAAAAAUUGAUUUUUCAUAUUUUAAAUUACGAACAAUAGAACGUUGCAUAUUAAAUUAGUUUGUUAGAUGUAACUUUUUAAAUUGCAAGCUUCAAGUAAUUCAUAUUAUUAGCAUGUUAAGUCCGACUUUAUAUACUAUUGUAACUGCUUUGUUAUAUAUAUAUAAUAAUUACAUAAAAGUCAUUGCGUGUGUAAACUUGUAUCAUAAUUAAAAUAGAAAAGAAUAGGCUUACAUUUAUAUUUUUCAUUCACUACAAUAGUCAUAGAAAAAAAACCGAUAUAUUCGUAAAAUUCAUUUUUAAUAAGUGUACUACAUGUACAGUUACUAAAAAAAUUAUGAAAUCAUAUCACGUGAUGACUUUUUGUUAUAGUUCUAUAUCAAUUUGUAUCCACUUCGCAAGAAUGGUUUUUUAUUUAAUAAAAAAAAAAGUCGACUUAUUGCAAUAAAAAAUACGUAAAAAAUAUAAAAUUCCUAAUAAUAUUGAUUGGGCUUUAAGAUCGUCAUUUAAUGGUGAUCUGAGAGAUAUAUUUCGAAUGCGUUGUAAAUUUUAAAAUUGUUGAAGAUGCGUGAGGACCAUGCAAGGAAUCGUUUACAUUUCGAUGUUACCCUUACCAAUAAACCGCUUGAUGAAUUGUACAUUAAUUAUAGUCAAAUAAAAUAACACCUUAUCUCCUCUAUUUAGAACAUAUAUUGCUUUAUCGUUUAAAUAUAUAUUUAUUCAAAUAGUUUUACCCGUGGUAAGUCAACACGAAAUGGAUCCCUGAUUUUUGUAAAUAUUAUAUUGGUCAGAUAGUGUAUUUAUAUUACGAAAAUAAACUCUGUACUAUACAUACAUUAUUGGUUUUAUUUCAAACAUUAUUUUUUUUUAUUUUUCCAAAUAGAAAAGUGAACGCAGUUUAUUACAAUAUGCAGAUUCAUUAAUUACGAAUAUAACACAUUUUUUUAAAUAAUUUAAUUGUCAAAGAAAAACCCAGUAAUCAAAUUUUCUUACUCUUUUUAACAUUCAUUUGGGAAAAUAUUUUGCAUUACCUUUUGUUUCGGAUCAUAUGCUUUAUAAAAAGAUGACAAAGGUGCGCGACCUCCUUUCAGGAUAUAUUAUUCAUACGAUUUGAAUGAACUCUCUUUUCUUUUAAUGUAAAAAUAUUAUGUUAAUGUUUUACUCUACAAAAUUAUGUUGAACUAAAUAAACUUUUCAAACAU